CCAUAUGUCAAAGUCUUUGUGCGACAGAAGGGAAAAACAGCUGGAUCCAGGACUCCAGCUAGCGGCUGCGCUAGUUGUAUGCUUCUGCCCUCGGCCGCCUCAUUUCCAUCAGCUGGUCGUGAGGCUGAUGAUGUGGUGGGAAGAUGGAGGCUCCUGAAUAUCUGGACCUGGAUGAGAUUGACUUCUCUGAUGAUGCAGUGUAUUCUGUGACGUCCCUGAAGAGCAUCCCAGAGCUGUCCAGGAGGAGCGACGGCCAGACUGAGGACAGACCAGCUCCAGCCAUCAACUGGAGUCGUGGUGGUUCCUCCCACAGCAGCGGAGGAAUCAAAUCCACGGGGCUCGCUGAGGUUCACAAUAAGUUCAGGCCCGUGAAGAGAGUCUCUCCUCUCAAACACCAGCCAGAGACCACUGACUCGGAGUGUGACAGUAAAGGCCAGGGCCAGUGUGUGGGUGUGGGAGAGCCGGGCGAGGACUCUGACGCUAAGGAUGACAAAGCCACUCACACCUCCAGCUCCUCUGACAGGCUGGGGGGGAAGUCAAAGGGCCUGGGUGGCAGCGGUGGAGGAAACAACCCCCAGCCUCUGUUCGGGGAGUUGGAGCACUAUGAUCUGGACAUGGACGAGAUCCUGGACGUACCCUACAUCAAGUCCAGUCAGCAGAUGUCCACACUGCCUCGCGUCCCCCAUGACAAGCGCUCGGGUGACGGCGAGCAAUUUGGGUGGAGGACCCUGGAGAGGAACCGAGGAGGAGGAGGCCUGAAGAGCUCUGCUCUGCCCCACAAUGAACCUCUGAGCCUGGGCAGCAGUGGCUCCCAGACGCAGUUCUGUGUUCUGUCCCCCGUGAAGUGGUCAGACUUGAGGAAGUCCAAGUCGAUGGAUCCCGACCUGCACCUCCUUCCGCCCCCGCCUGCAGGAGGCUACCAGUCUGAGCUGCUGCCUCCAGGCCACCUCAGCUGCUCUUCCUCGCUCUCGUCUUUCUCAGAUGCAGAUAAGUUGCUGUCAGCGCGGGUCUACCCAGACUCCCAGAGCCAGAGGCCCAGCGUGGAGCCUCCAGGAAAUCAGGGGCUGACGUUCACCCUGCCGGGGGGCAGCGUGGCCAGGCCGGACAACUGGGCUGCUGGAGCGGGAGUAGGAGGCAGCGCUGGGGCCAGGGGGUAUGCAGGAGGUGGAGGAGAAGUGGAUGAGGAGACCAAGAAGAACCAGAACAUCAUCAACAUUGUGAGAGAGGGGCAGAUCUCACUGCUGCCUCACCUGGCAGCAGACAACCUGGAGCUGAUCCGAGACGAGGAUGGAAACAACCUGCUGCACAUCUCGGCUUGUCAGGGUCACGCUGACUGUCUCCAGCACCUCACCUCUCUGAUGGGAGAGGACGGCCUCAAUGAGCGCAACAGCCAGCAGCUCACCCCGGCUGGUCUGGGAGUCAAGAAUGGUCAUCUGGAGUGUGUGAGGUGGAUGGUGAGUGAAACGGAGGCCAUUGCAGAGCUAAGCUGCACCAGAGAACAUCCCAGUCUGAUCCACUACGCCGCUCGCUAUGGACAGGAGAAGGUUCUGCUGUGGCUGCUUCAGUUCAUGCAGGAACAAGCGAUUUCUCUGGACGAAGUCGACCAGAAUGGAAACACUGCCGUCCACGUCGCAGCUCAGUACGGACACCUCACCUGUAUCCAGACUCUGGUGGAGUACGGCUCCAACGUGACAGUCCACAAUCAGCACGGGGAGCGUCCCUCCCAGAGUGCGGAGCGCCAGGGACACACCCCCUGUGCACGAUACCUGGUUGUCGUGGAAACCUGCAUGUCAUUAGCCUCACAGGUUGUUAAACUCACCAAACAACUGAAUGAACAGGCCACAGAGAGGAUACUUUUACAGAAACAGCUUCAGAGACUGAUGGACCCCAACAAAGCAGAGGGGAUGACUCCCAGGUCGCCCGGCUCCAGCUCCCAUCAGCCCUCCUUCGAGGCGUGGCCAGAGAUGAUGCUGACAGCAGAGGGGACUCCGGCUGAUGGUUACUGGAUGGUUCGUCAGGGGGGGGUUGGACCGGACUCUGUGCUGCGGCAGCUGCUGGGGAAGGACGUGACAGAGCCACUGUGUCCCAGAGAGAGACUGGUUCCUGCAGGAAGCCUGGCCAGAGAGGCCCCGGGAGUCCGCAGGACUGGGCUGGUGGAGAGAAGAGAGCUGAAACUAGCAAGACUGAAACAGCUCAUGCAGCGCUCACUCAGUGAGUCUGACUCUGACGGUUAUCCAGCCACAGCCCCAGCCACAGCCCCAGCCACAAACACGCUGCGACCUGAUAGGCCGUCGCACCUGCCUGUCACAACGGAGGAACCCGGGUCAAACCACUCGAACCUGCUGAUGAAGCAUCUGCCCUCCUCCUCAGCUGAGAGGAAACUGGCAUUCCCUCCGAGUGGCUCAAAGUCAGAGGAUGGUGUCGCUUACAACCCCUCGCCGACCUCCAGUGACCCCGAGGCCGCAGACGCCAAAACCCCCGAUGCUGCCAGCGACUUCCAGGAACCGUCCAGUGGACAGAAGCUGGCCACCAGCCCCAAGAGCGCCCUGAAGUCGCCCUCAUCUCGCAGGAAGACGUCCCAGAACCUCAAACUCAGAGUCACAUUUGAUGAGCAGGUCCACAAGAGCUCCAGUCAGGAGAUGGAGACGACCAAAGGGCAUCAUGGGAAGGAGAGGACUUCAACAGGAAGCUCUGAAGGCAAGCGGCCAUUUGGGACGUUCCGCUCCAUCAUGGAGACGCUAAGCGGAAACACAAACCACAACAACAACAGUGGAGGCCAGUCGGGCUCCGUUGCUAAACAUCACACCUGUCAGAACUCGCCUGGCAGGAAGUCAGACGGGAAAAGCAGCCCAGGAGGCGGAGCCAAGAGCAAAAGCCGAACCAGCAAUGUUUAACCAACAAGUGCCUCCUGAGGCAGUGACCAUCACUCACAGGAGGGGGUUUAAAGAAGGAGUCCAUCACACCUCAAACCUUUGACUCUAAACAUUUUUAUGCAGUUUAUAGUAAAAUACAAAACAGAAACUUUGUCAUGAUUUAGUUUAAAUGCAUUUGUUACAAGAGUUGAGGAUUGAAGGCCUUUGGGUUUUAAAUCUUUUAGUCAGAACUAUGGUUCUGUUCAGUUCAGCUUGAUGUGGUUUCAUGUGCUUCACUACAGGUGGAGAAUUCUGUUCAUGCACAUUUAUGAUUUAGAACGUUUAGACAUUAUAAUCAUGCACGUGGUUCACAUAUGUUAGUAUUUAAGUUUGUGUCAUUAUCUAUGCAGUAUGUUGAUGGUUGUUCUGUAGAACUGGCCCAGAGACGACGGGUCCUUCAGGCAAAUGAACAAGAUAGAAGCUCAACCACAGCAAAUGAUUAUUCUGAGGUUUGACAUGUAAGCAUCUACUCACAGGCUGAGGCUGUUGGUUGGUUUCUGUGGUUAUUACUGAUUCUGGUUCUGAUCAGGUUCUCGAGCCUGCAGGUGGUGUUGAUAAUGAUGAGGCAGUGUGACUGUUUACCUCCGUCUGAGGUUUAGUGUUGUGUCAGCUAGAGCUGAAGAUGUGUUAUUUUAGUUCAUCCUGGUGUUAAACCCAAAAAACUCGAUUUGUAGUUGAUCCAAUUAGCCUGAGAGCUGAGAGGAAAGAAGAGCAUAAACACUGUUCGUCCCAGAUGUUUGGGGUCAGUACCAGCUUUAAUUUCAAGUGGUACCGUCUGGGGCAAAUUUCUGCUCCUUCACUUGAUGCUAGUUUAGUUUGAAUGAGUUGCUGGUGAAUCCUGGGUUCAACAACAACAUCAGAACCAUGUUCUGCCUUAUUCAGCACCAGUGGGGUUUUUACUUCUAAAGAAGAAAGGAAAACUAAAAAAACGGUGACGUUUUUAUCGUCUGUUGUCAUGGAAGGUUUAGCGUCUACACUGCCUUGAGUUUUGCUCGGUGCCAAACACAGUUCUGGUUUGGGUCCAACGGUUUGUGGAGAUGGGAUCAACCCUACCUGGAUGGACCCAGCGUUGUUACUCUAAGAUUAAGCAAAUGUUGGACUGUUGUUUGUUUGUUUGUUUACUAAACACCUGUCCAGUUCUUCAACCGAACAACCUAAAAUAAACAGUUUCUGUAUUUGCA